GCGGGGCCCCGCCUCGAGGGCGAGACACUGAUCGCGGCCCCGACCCCGCAGCCGGAACCCAGGCCGCGGAGGCUGGAGGAGCCGCCCCGGCCCGUCUCCGACUCCGUCUCAUGGCCGCCGCCGCGAUGCUCGCCCGGGCCUGCGGGCCGGUCCGCGGGGCUCUGCGCCGGCAGUUACACACCGUGUACCAGACCGUGGAGCUGCCCGAGACGCACCAGAUGCUGCGCCAGACGUGCCGGGACUUUGCCGAGAAGGAGCUGUUCCCCAUCGCGGCCGAGAUCGACAAGGAGCACCGCUUCCCGGCGGCUCAGGUGAAGCAGAUGGGCGGGCUCGGGCUGCUGGCCAUGGACGUGCCGGAGGAGCUGGGCGGCGCCGGCCUGGACUACCUGGCCUACGCCAUCGCCAUGGAGGAGAUCAGCCGCGGCUGCGCCUCCACCGGCGUCAUCAUGAGCGUCAACAACUCCCUGUACCUGGGCCCCAUCAUGAAGUUCGGCUCAGACGAGCAGAAGCGGAAGUGGGUCACGCCCUUCACCGGUGGCGACAAGAUUGGCUGCUUCGCCCUCAGCGAGCCUGGGAAUGGCAGCGACGCGGGGGCCGCCGCCACCUCCGCCCGCGCAGAGGGCGACUCGUGGGUGCUGAACGGCACCAAGGCCUGGAUCACCAACUGCUGGGACGCCUCGGCCACCGUGGUCUUCGCCAGCACCGACAGGGCGCUGCGCCACAAGGGCAUCAGCGCCUUCCUGGUCCCCAUGCCGACACCCGGGCUCUCGCUGGGGAAGAAGGAGGACAAGCUGGGCAUCCGGGCCUCGUCUACGGCCAACCUCAUCUUUGAAGACUGCCGCAUCCCCAAGGAGAACCUGCUGGGCGAGCUGGGCAUGGGCUUCAAGAUCGCCAUGCAAACCCUGGACAUGGGCCGUAUCGGCAUCGCCUCCCAGGCCCUGGGCAUCGCCCAGGCCGCCCUGGACUGCGCCGUGACCUACGCCGAGAACCGCAAGGCCUUCGGGGCGCCCAUCACCAAGCUCCAGGGAAUCCAGUUCAAGCUGGCGGACAUGGCCCUGGCCCUGGAGAGUGCCCGGCUGCUGACCUGGCGCGCUGCCAUGCUCAAGGACAACAAGAAGCCCUUCACCAAGGAGGCGGCGAUGGCCAAGCUGGCUGCGUCGGAGGCCGCCACCGCCAUCAGCCACCAGGCCAUUCAGAUCCUGGGCGGCAUGGGCUACGUGACGGAGAUGCCCGCCGAGCGGCACUACCGCGACGCCCGCAUCACCGAGAUCUACGAGGGCACCAGCGAGAUCCAGAGGCUGGUCAUCGCCGGGCACCUGCUCAAGAGCUACCGGAGCUGAGCCAGGGCGGCCCCGCCCGCGGCCGCGGACUGACUGCGCAGGAGCGGGAGCCACGUGCGGGCCCUUCCCCCCCCCCCCCCCCCAGCGUGCCGGAGCCUUCUAGAAGGCGAGGCGGGGGCUGGGGCCUGUGUGCGGACUCCGGCUCCGCUCCCCUCCCGACGUGCCUUAUUCUUCAUCGAGGGGACGGCCUCCCGAAGGCGGGCCGGGAAGGACUUGCCACCCGAGGCUCCCUGGCCGCCGUGGGCCCCGGGGCUCAGCAGGAGCCAGGAGGGCCGGGAUCCAGCGUCUGCUCUUCCCUGAGGUCAGGGGUCAGGGGAGUGGGGGGGGCGGAGUAACUUCAGAGCAGCAGUGGCCGUGCUCUCAGCCACCUGGGGACGCUGGGACCUGUGCUCCGGGUGAGAGGAGGCGGGUGGGGGGCGGAUGGCUUGGGACAGUGUGGGACUGACAGCAAUAAAGUGGACCCUCCGA